ACGAAUUCUUACACAGAGCAGCACAGGUUGCCAUAGUAUGUAUGAGAACAACAGUCACAUCAAGAGAUAUCACAGAAAGGAUUCGAAUUCUGGAACAGGAAAUUUUCAAAGGCCGCACUAAAAUGGAGACUGAAUUUCAGGUAAAAUCUGAAAUCAUAAAAUGAAUGAGGCUUAAAUAUCAUCUAACAUGUUUAGCUGAGGCUUGGACGCAGUCCUUCAUGUAUUGAAAAUCAUCUCUGUUUUAAAAAAUUAUGGACUUGCUUCCAUUUUGGUGGCUCAGCAUGGCAUGACUGACGUAUUUCUUGUCUUUGAUAUGAUGUGGGUCUUAUUAUUUGUAAUACGAAGUCUAUAUAAAACAAGCAUUUAAUCAUAAUGAGGCCAUGUAGACAUAUUAGCUAUUUGUUAAAUAGCAUAGAGAAUGCAUACUCUGGAUUCAUUUUUGCCGACUGCAAAUUAAGCGUGUAUACUCUAACAAAUAGUAUUUAGGAGUUAUCAUCUUUAAAAUUUCCACAAAAAAAUCAAUUAUGGAUGCAGUAAUAAAAACUAAAACUAUAUUAAAUUUCCCUCUUCUCAGAACUUAAAAGCAAUCUUAAAUUUGAUGCCUUUUUGUUAACUAAAAACACAAUGCAUCCAGUUAUAAUAUUUUUAAAUAAAUAGGCCGUGUGCUUGGUGAGUGAGGAUUUCACCAAACACAUUAAAGAAGUUGAGAACACAGAACAAGAUGAAAGUGUUUACGAAAACAAUGUGAACAACUCUGCC